GACAUGGGAAGAGUUAAGGCAAAUUUUUAUGAGUCAUAUGUUAGUCAAAUUUUUGUCAUAUGUUUGACACGUACAUAUCUAUAUAAAAACUAUUCAUACUGUUCUAAGUACACACUAAUCAGUGUCUGCUGAGGGUUAUAUUCCUGCCAACUAUACAGUGGUGAGGUCCUGUUAAGGAUCCUCAUGAUAAGUCAAGGGGAUGUAUUUGCAGCUGGAUGAUUGCAAUUGGUUCAAUGGAUAAGAAAUGAGGUUUUGCGUGACAUGGCGAAGGUUAUAAUCUCAAUGCCAAGAUUUAAUAACUUUGUCAACUUGGAUUGUGUGUUAAUCCGGGUCCUCCAAGAAGCAGAUGACAAGACAGGAUUCAACGUGCAAGAAUCUAGGGGAAAUGCCUCUGAGAGAGAGCCAGGAGAGCCUGCAAGAGCCACCUGACCAUGAUGCAGGUCUGACGCUGAAUGUGUGAAGGACAGAGGGAAGGAAGGAAGGGUGGAUAGAAGUGUCUUAGACAUCAGUGCAGUUCUAAGCCCUCUACAGGUGAAGAGGCACUUUUAGACACCUCAUUUUAUCCUUGCAACUAUAAGAUGUGUCCCUGCCCUCUGAAAGCUUACAUUCUGUUUUGAGAAAGACAACAGGCGGUUUCAAAAAGUUGGAUGUACAUUUUUAACAAUCAUGGACUUCAGAAUACUUCUCUGGAAAAUUGCACAGCAUCUGAAUAGCAAGGAGCUGGCCUCACUCAAGUUCCUGAGCCUGGACUACAUCCCCAAAAGCAAGCAGGAAGGCAUCAGGGAUGUAUUAACAUUCUUUGGUGAACUGAAAAAAAAUGGAAUGUUGAGGGAGAAUAACCAGUUCUUCCUGAAGGAGCUGCUUUUCCGAAUUCAAAGACUGGAUCUGCUGAUUGAUUACCUGAGGGUCAGCAGAGAGGAAAUGGAGAGGGACCUUCAGACACCAGGCAGGGCCCAGAUUUCUGCCUACAGGCUUAUGCUUUUUCAGAUAUCAGAAGAUGUAACGAAAAAAGACUUUAAUUCGUUCAAGUUUAUUUUGGGCCAGAAUUAUCUCAAAUGUAAUAUGGAUUAUGACUCGUCAUUGCUAGAUACAUUCAUAGAGAUGGAGAAGAAAGGUAUCCUCGGGGAAAAAUACCUAGAAACCCUGAAAAGUGUAUGCAGAUUAAUUGAUGAGAACCUACUGAAGAAAAUCAAAGACUAUGAAGACCAAGACAGAGGUCAAAGGCCCUUAACUAUGGGUGAGCAAUUGUCCUGGCUUUUUGUUGUGGGACUUCUCGACCACUAUCGGGCAUGUCCUUUUGUUAGGACUAGAAUGGCCUCUCUUCAGGAAAAAUGAAAGUUUCACAGGUGCGUUGAAGUCUCCAAUUUCCUCCCUGUCCUUAAAUGGCAUAAUCUAUGUAUAUCAUGAUUUAGUUUGGGUAGCUACCAGAUAAAUCAAGGGGCUGGGCAGUCCUUGCAGAGGUUCUGAUGGCCUAAAUGGGGAGCGUCUUUGCAGGGAAACUGUUAGAAUUGGUGAGCAGGCAGAAAGAAAAACCUCCCAGUGUUGCCCAAAGUUACAAACAAGCCUUAAAUUUACUCCAGUCAACUUUUGACUUGGUAUUCAAAAAGCAUUCUCAUGUGCGAUUAGAUCAAACAUCAAAGACAGGUCACCCAAUCAGAUACUGUUAUCUGUAGAGUUUCCAGGACCGCUAACAAAGAAGCAUCUCUCACCGAUCAACAUGCUGAAUUCUGAAACUUAAGCUAAAAGAGAAUCUUUAGGAAGCUUUGAGACAACAAUGCUAUUUGCUAAGAGUGCCUACUCAACUGUUAGCCUAAAACAUCACUGAUUUGCUGAGGUCAACAAGAGAUCAAGAGAUUUCAGGACUGUGGAGCCCUGAAGUUGGGGUGGCCAAAAAACAGUACGAGAAGAUUAAUUUACCCACUCUUCAUUCAUUCAGUAAUUAUUAUUAAGUAUUGAUAUGUUAAUCAGUAUUGGAUGUAGGUGGGCAAUUUGUGCUAAAUGUAGAAGAGUAAUUAAGUUUGAGUAGCCUUAAGAUACAUCCAGAAGACAAACAUAAUUAAGAGGAAAUUCCAUUUUGUGUCUCUCGAAGAUUAGUAUAGACCAUCUAAUUCAUAAACCACAGGUCAUUUCUUACAGUUCCCCUUUCUGUCUAAUCAUGUAUUUCAAAUCUCACCUCUCAGUAACAACCACUUAGCCUCAAGAUUCUUUCCAGUAAGAACCCACACAGCAUUUGGGUCUCUCUUUCCUAUCUAUUUUAGUUCUUUAUUCAUUUAAUUCUACUUAACUUCUCUGGAGGCAAGAACCUCUUUCUCUUCUUUCUUUCCUCCUCCUUUUUCUUUCUCUUCUUUAUUUCUCCAUUUUUCUCAUUAUUUAAUUUUCUAUAAAUAGGGAAGCCCCUAAAAUGACCUAGUAAGCAAGUGUCCUUUUCCUUUUCCAUCCUUCUCUUUCAUCCUGUCUCUCUCUCCCCUCAUCAUUCUCCCAACUCAGCAUUGGAGGAACUGGCUGGCAAAAGAUGGCACAGGAGGAGAAAAGAAUGAGUAAAGAUGAUAAGUGGUGGUGGCUGCAUAGAGGCAGAGAUGGGGUAGGGUGGGAACAUGUUAAUAAAUCUUGUCCAGUAUCUACUUUGAAGAGUGCAUUGCUUAUAAGGGAAGCAGAUACAAGAAUAAAUAAUUAUAACGCAGCGUAACAAGACCAACAGCAGUACUGAGUUCAAAGUACCCAUAGGAAUGUAAUUAACUAUAGCUGGAACUAUGCUCAAACAUAACAAUGAUUAUGAGGAUGGCACAGGACCGGGCAGGGUUUUGUCCUGUUGUACGUAGCGUCACUAUGAAUAUGGAACUGACUUGAUGGCACCUAACACAACAGCACAGCUGGAGCCUUCAGGGUUGGGGCACAUAUCUUGAGCGAUCCUGAUGUGGGGAGUGUAGGUGCAUAAAAUUCCUCUAGGGAACCACUAAAGAGGGGAAAGUUAAAUUGUGGUGGAAACAGUAGCAAAGCUCCCUUGCUUUAUAGUCAGAUUUAGAGCCCAACCUCUGAAUGUGCAUAAACUGUUUGUUUAAAUGUAAGCCCUGUAAUAAGUCUUUGUUUUCCAUAUUUCCAGCUAGGUUCACCCAUUGUUGCAUAAUAACUACCCAAAACAUAGUGCUGUAAAGCAACGAUCAUGUUACUUAUUGCUCAUGAUUGUAUUGCUGGCUGGCCUGGCUCAAUUUAGAUGAUUUGUCUCUGCUCCACUCAUUGUUGCCUGGGCCCACUCAAGUGUAUAGACUGGAGAAACCAAGAUGAUAUCACUCAUUUGUCUUGUCCCUCAGCAGGAAUAGCAGGAAUGAUGGAGCACUUUCUCCUUGUGGUCUUUUAUCCUCUGAGGCCUCUCUCUCCUCUUGGUUUUUUAACUGCCAGGGCCUCUCUUUCUCUCCACAUGGUCUCCCUAGAAGGAUCACCAAAGGUCUUUACAUGCUGGCUCAAGGCUUCAAGACAGCAAAAAUUGGAAUCUAUAAGAUGUUUCGAGGCCUAACAUCUAAAGUUGUAUGUUACUUGCAUUGCAUUCUAUUGGUCAAAGAAAGUCACAGGGUUGUUGUUAGGUGCCAUGGGGUCGGUUUCAACUCGUAGCAACACUAUGUACAACAGAACAAAACACUGCAUCCUCACAAUCAUUGCUAUAUUUGAGGCCAUUGUUACAGUGUCAAUUCAUCUGGUUGAGGGUCUUCCUCUUUUUCACUGACCCUCUACUUUACCAAGCAUGAUGUUCUUCUCCAGGAACUGUUCCUUCCUGAUAAGAUGUCCAAAGUAUGUGUGGUGACAUCUCACCAUCCUCACUUCUAAGGAGCAUUCUGGUUGUUCUUCUUCCGAGACAGAUUUGUUUGUCCUUCUGGCAGUCCAUGGUAUAUUGAAUGUUCUUUGCCAAGACCAUAAGUCAAAAGUGUCAAUUCUUCUUCGGUCUUCCUUAUUCCUUCUCCAGCUUUCACAUGCACAGGAGGCGACUGAAAAUACCAUGGCUUGAGUCAGGUGCACUUUAGCCCUCAAAGUGGUCUUUGCGUUUGAAACUUUAAAGAGGUCUUUUGCUACAGAUUUGCCCAAUACAAUACAUCAUUUGAUUUCUUGAUUACUGCUUCCAUGGGUGUUGAUUGUGGAUUCAAGUAAAAUGAAUUCCUUGACAACUUCAGUAUUUUCUCCAUUUAUCAUGAUGUUGGUUAUUGGUCCAGUUGUGAGGGUUUUUGUUUUCUUUAUGUUAACAUGCAAUCCAUACUGAAGGCUAUAGUCUUUAAUCUUCGUCAGUAAGUGCUUCAAAUCCUCUUCACACUCAGCAAGUGAGGUUGUGUCAUCUGCAUAAUGCAGGUCGUUAGUGAGUCUUCCUCCAAUCCUGAUGCCUUGUUCUUCUUCACACAGUCCAGCUUCUCGGGUUAUUUGCUCAGCAUAGGGAUUGAACAUGUAUGGUGAAAGGAUACAACCCUGACACACACCUUUCCUGAUUGUAAGCCAUGCAGUAGCCCCUCGUUCUGUUGAACGACUGCCUCUUGGUCUACGUACUAGUUCCUCAUGAGCGCCAUUAAGUGCUCUGGAAUUCCCAUUCUUUGCAACGUUAUCCGUAAUUUGUUAUGAUCCACACAGCCAAAUGCCUUUGCUUAGUCAAUAAAACACAGGUAAACAUCUUUCUGGUAUUCUCUGCUUUCAGCCAAGAUCCACCUGCAAGAUAUUUUGAAGCCUAACCUCUACAGUUGCAUGCUACUUCCACUGCAUGUUAUUGGUCAAAGAAAGUCACAGGGACUUUUCCCAAUUUCCCAAAGUUAAAAGGAGAAAAAAUCCACAGUUUGAUGGGAAGAGUGAGAGUCACAUUACAGAGGGACACACAUGACAGGAAGAAUUGUAGCAGCUAUCUUUGGAAGCUAACUUUAGAGCAAUUUGAGAGGCUGUACUCUGGCCCCACCAAUUCAAAUCCCUUCACAUGCAAAACCUAUGUAAACGGAAAAGGUUCAAACUGGAGGUAUUCAUGUCAGACUAAGAAUGAUGGGGCCAACAUUCAUUCUCAGGAAACGAAAGGUCAGUAUGGAAACCAUUUAAGGAAGAGUGUGUCAAGAUGCAAACGACUGUUCUCGGGAAUAAUGUGUUCAUAACUAACCAACCAGUCAGGAUGUAAACUAUUUGGGAAAAAUGUGUAAACAACUGGCUCUUGGAACCAACUACAAUCAUGAAUGUUGUUGUUGUUGUUAGGUGCUGUCGAGUUGAUUCCGACUCAUAGCAACCCUAUGUACAACAGAACGAAACACUGCUGGGUCCUGGGCCAUCCUCACGAUCAUUGUUAUGCUUGAGCCCAUUGUUGCGACGACUGUGUCAAUCAAUCUUGUGGAGGGUCCUCCUUUUUUUUGCUGACGCUCUACGUUACCAAGCAUGAUGUCCUUCUCCAGGGACUGGUCCCUCCUAAUAACGUGUCCAAUGGAUGUUUGCAGCUGUUUCUUCUCAUUUUGAGUCAUGCCACAUCAGCAAACGAAGCUCCUGAAAACUUAAUGCCAGCCACGUCAUUAAGAUCAACUCUACUCUGAGGAAGUGGUCUUCCCCAGUGGUCUUUCGAGUGCUUUCUAAUCUGAGGGGCUCAUCUUCUGGCAUUAUAUCAGAUGAUGUUCCACUGCUAUUCAUAAGGUUUCCACUGGCUAAUUUUUUUGGAAGUAGACCAACAGGUCCUUCUUCCUAGUCUUAGCCUGGAAGCUCUGCUGAAUCCUGCCUACCAGCAGUGACUCUGCUGAUGUUUGAAUACCAGUGGCAUAACUUCCAGUAUCACAGCAAAAUACAAGCCUCCACAGUAUGACAAACUGACAGAUGCAUGGGGGACAACCAUGAAUAGCUGAUGACAAUUCUAUGAUCAAGUAUGACUAAACUGGCUGAACCAAGUGGCCUACCUUUACAUUUCAGAGGACUUCAAGCUGAAGCUGAUUUUAUUUAUAAUCUUAUUUAUGAACAAUCAUUAACCUCCCUCACCUUGCCAUUGUUCUCUACGUAUGUAGACGCAUCUUUCUACUUGAACAAUGGAGCACUUUGUAUUUUUACCUAGUGUUGCCCAGCUAUAGCUGUUAUUAUUCCUCAAUAAAAAUAUUCUUCUUUCAUUAACAGAGUGUUAUUGAUUGAAUUUUGUUCCCCGAGAAAUGUAUCAAUUUGGCUGGGCCAUGAUUCCUUAUAUUGUGUGAUUUUCCUAUACAUUGUAAAUCCUGCCUCUAUGAUGUUAAUGAGGGAGGAUGGGCGGCAGUUGUGUUAAUGAAACAGGACUCAAUCUACGAGAUUGGAUCAUGUUUUGAGGCAAUCUCUUGAGAUAUAAAAGAGAGAAGCAAGCUGAGAGACAAGGAUCUCAUACCACCAAGAAAGGAGCAGUGACCAGAGCAGAGUGCUUCCUUUGGACCCAGAGUCCCUGUGCAGAGAAGGCCGACAGAGAGAGAAUGCCUUCUCCUGGAGCUGACAGCCUGAAUUUGGAGUUUUAGCCUACUUUACCGUGAGGAAAUAAAUAUCUCUUUUUUAAAGCUAUCCACUUGUGGUAUUUCUGUUAUAGCAGCACUAGAUGACUAAGACAUAGUAUAAGAUUUUCUUUGUUGACAUCUACCAUAUUUUUAUGCAAAUAAUGUGCACCUUCUAUGUUUGUUUGCCAACAAAGCCCUCCCCCCAGAGGUAUUUUUGUAAGCAUCCUAUGCUAAUUUUCUUACAUGUUGCUGUGAAAAAAAUUAGCGUAGCACACUUACAAGAAAACCUCAUGGGGGAAGGCGUGAUUGGCAAACAAAUGUAGAAAGUGCACAUGUGCACAUUAUUUGCAUACAAAUACAGUAUUCAUCUCCUCCAUCAAAAGUCUUGUAGAAUUAUGACUUUGGCUUUAAGCUGAGAAUCUCAUCAUGUAAAUCAAGUCUAGAUGCAGAUGAGGUUCCUUGGGUGCAGUUGCUCAGGUAUGUUUCUCUUAUUUCAGAGACUUGUGCCCUAAAGAGACAAGUUGUCUGUCCCCAGACAUGCCCUUUCAAAAAGAGGAAAAACAAAACACGUAUAGUAUUCACUGAUCUGUAAUAAUUCUGAAAUUCAGCUGGAUAGGUGUCUCCUAUCCCCCCUAUUCUAAAGACAGAAAAUAUUGCUGGCUUAGGACCCAGUUCUGCUCCCUGGGAGAGGUUUCCUAAUCUAUUAUUUUCUAAGACUCUGUGAUGGUUAAUGUUAAGUGUCUAGUUGGCUACAGCCACUGCUGAGUGCCCAAUCUGCCAACAGUAGAGACGAACAGUGGGUCCCCAAUAUGACACCAUUCCCCUGGGCAAUCAGCCAGUAACCAGGUGGCAAAUUGGUAUGUUGGACUGCUUCCAUCACGGAAAAGGCUGCGUUUUGUUCUCACUGGGAUAGAUACUUACUCUGGAUAUGGAUUUACCUUCCCUGCAUGCAAUGCUUCUGCCAAAGCUACCAUUCAUGGACUUACAGAAUGCCUCAUCAACCAUCAUGGUAUCCCACACAGCAUUACUUUGGAUCAAGGAACUCACUUCACAGCAAAUGAAGGGCACCAGUAGGCCCAUGCUCAUGGAAUUCACUGGUCUUGCCACAUUCCCCACCAUCCUGAAGCAGAUGGCUUGAUAAAAUGACGGAAUGCCUUCUAAAGACACAGGUACAGCACCAGCCAGGUAGCAGUACCUAGUAUGGUUGGGACAGUGUUCUCUAGCAGGCUAUACGUACUGUAAACCAGCAUCCCAACAUAUAGUGCUGCUUCUUCCGUAGCCAGGAUUCAUGGGCCCAGGAAUCAAGCAGUGGAAAAGAAAGUGGUACCACUCACUGUUACCCCUAAUGACCCACUAGCAGAAUUUUUGCUUCCUAUCCCUGCGACCCUAUGCUCUGUGGGUCUAGAGGUCUCAGUUCCAAUAAGAGGAGAUGAACAACAGCCUCCAUAUAUAAAAGUUAUUAUUUCAUAAUGACACAGGGAAAGGUAAGAUAAAGACCUGGUUGGUACAAGUUUUAUUUUCUAAUACUGGUGGAGUUCAGUUUGUUUAUCCAGUGCAUAAAAUCAAGACUCUUAGAAAUAACAGCUAGAAAAUAAACUUUCUUUUGUGAAGCUGAAUAAUUAUAAAAUAAACUAUAAUCGGAUGCUAGAAAGAUCUUUGCAGACAUAUCAGUGUAAAUACUUAUAGUUCAUUUGUAAUGUAGAAUUAUCCUUGAAGCGUUUAACUGGGUUAAAUUUUGAAAUUAUAAUAGCUUUUUCUGAGAGAGGAAACCCUGGUGGCGUAGGGGUUAAGUGCUACUACAGCUGCUAGCCAAGAGGUCGGCAGUUGGAAUCCGCUAGGCACUGCUUGGGAACUCUAUGGGGCAGUUCUGCUCUGUCCUGUAGGCUCACAAUGAGUCAGAAUCGACUCAGCUGCAGUGGGUUUGGUUUUGGUUUUUUUUUUCUAGGAGAGGAAAAAUCUAGGAAGCAGAGGGUUUUACAAGCCUGUGAUGGGUAACCCCCUUCCCCUCAAAAAAACCCAACCCUGUGCCGUCGAGUCAAUUCUGACUCAUAGUGAUAUUAUAGGACAGAGUAGAACUGCCCCAUAGAGUUUCCAAGGAGCACCUGGCAGAUUUAGGUUAGCAGCCAUAGCACUUAACCACUAUGCCACCAGGGUUUCCUGUGGGUAGCCUCAGCAAAUUAUGACCUGAGCCAAAUUAUGACCUGCCUGCCACCUACUUUUGUAAAUUAGGUUUUAUUGCAACAAAAUCAUGCCUAUUUGUUUACAGGUUGUCUGACUGCUUUCCCACUACAACAACAGAAUCGAACAGUUGUAACAGAGACCAUAUUGUCACAAAGCCUAAAAUAUGUACUAUGUGCCCUUGACAGAAAAGUUUGCUGACUAAUGUUUAUUGCCUUCUUCUGAAAGGGGAUUAUCUUGGAAUAGAUGAGAAGAGGUGAAAAUUUCUGCCUACAGAGAAAAGUUAUCUAAUGCAAUUUUCUCGUAUUCUGUUUCUCCUCCUCACGUAACUUGCAAAAUAUUUUCAUGGAGUUGGAGAAGAGGAUUAUCCUGGGAAAACAAAACCAAAUCAAUAAGAGCCUUUUGAAGAAAAUCAAAGACUGAGAAGAAUUAAGCAGAGCCACUGUGCCAGUCCAUCUCAUUGAGGAUCUUCCUCUUUUUCGCUGACCCUCUACUUUACCAAGCAUGAUGUCCUUUUCCAGGGACUGGUGCCUCCUGAUAACACGUCCAAGAUUCAGGUUACCACCUGGUUCUAUUUCCUUUCAGCGGUUUAUCUGGGAAUGUCUUCAUUUCACCUUCAUUUUUGAAAUACAGUUUGGUUGGAUAUAGAAUUCCAGAAUUCUAGAGUUUGGCUUGAUAUAGAAUUGACAGACCAAAAAUGUAACAUUCCAUGUUCGUGUGAGCUCAGAUUGUUUCAGCUAAGAAAAAUCAUAACAAGGAUUGAAGUGGAGCAUCACAGAAAUGUAACAGCCAAUCAAGUGCUCAGAGUCAUAUGAAAAGCCAACAAGAAGGGCUACAGGGGCCAGGAUUGCUUCCUCUGCUGAAUCCUGACACUUGGAUAUACUGGAAAAAUUCUGGGGACAUACCAGAUAGACGUGGUGGUUCCUUGUACUACAACAUACCCAUGUAGAGCAAAUCCACGAUCUUUCACCAAGAGGAAAUGACUCUUUCUGGGGACUGGGCAUGGAUGUUGAGCUUGGGUUGGAUGCUGCCCAAGCUGGACUUGAGCUUUUCCCUUUUGGACAUGAUGGUUUGAAGCCAUGAUGGCUUUCAACCUGGUCAGCCACCCAGGCAUCUCCCAGUCCAUUACCUGUUUUACCUUCUGCCCCACUGUUGAGGUCCCAGUAUACCUUGUGACACCAUGAAAAGCACUAUGAAGUGGCAUUUGGAGAUACUGUUUUCUAUAGGGAAACCCUGGUGGCAUAAUGGUUAAGUGCUACGGCUGCUAACCAAAGGGACAGCAGUUCGAAUCCACCAGGCGCUCCUUAGAAACUCUACGGGGUAGUUCUGCUCUGUCCUAUAGAGUUGCUAUGAGUCAGAAUCGACUCGAUGGCACUGGGUUUUGUUUUUUGUUUUCUAUAGUAGUAGUACUGAAUUUUUCUGUUAUUGGAGACUUUUUUUUCUGGUUGAUUAAUAGUACAUAUUCUACUCAAAGACGAAUUUUAAUGUUAAUAAAUAUUUUCUGAGUUUAUUUUUAUGAAAUCAGACUAUAACUUCACGGCAAUUCUGUCCUUAGCAUUUAGCAGAAUGUCUAGUAAAUAGUAGAUGCUCGAUAUUCAAUAAAUAUUUACUGAAUGGAAAAAA